CGAGCUAUCUAUCUAUCCCCGAGCGCCAUGGCUCUUAACUGGACCAUGCUGAAGCAUGACCGCUCGCCGAUUCCACUACCAAACGAACAUACAAUCACCUCCAUCGAAACGGGCGCAGAUCUCUCACUUACCAUACCUGAUGUACCUCCAAUGACGAGUUCAUCGACCGCUGGCGGGUCGGGCGGCGCGAAGAGGUUGAAGGCUUCUGGGAGGAUCUGGCUUACUGAUCAACGCCUAAUCUUUACGACGGAAACUGGCGCAUCUUUUGAAUCGCUCUCAGUUCCAUUACACUCUAUUCUCUCUACGCGAUUCGAGCAACCGACCUUUGGGGCAAACUAUCUAGCAUUCGAGAUCAAGCCAUCGCCAGAGGGCGGUCUCACGGAUGGAACGAGGGCUGAAUUGCGUUUCAAAGACAGAGCCAUGUUCGACUUUGUCAGUUUGUUGGAGAAAACGAGGGAGAGGGUUAUAUAUAUGAAAAGACAGGCAGCAGAGGACUCUGAACUGGAAGGAUUGCCAACAUAUACCCUGCCGGCGGAAUCAAGCUCCGUCUCGAUGGUGGACGGUAUACCAGUGGAAAACCCACCGGGCUACGACGUCUAAAUAUCAAUAUCUGUAUUUUUUGACCACCACACGAUUAUUAUUUGUAUCUGACUUUCGCGAGUUACAGCCGUCUUAGGGAGUGUACCUACUGUAACACAAGCACAUGGAUCUCGCUGUAUGAAUUAUAAUUUACAUCCUACUCCCCAGCCAUGCUAUGCACUGUGUGCAUGGUCAGAGUCGCAUCACCGAAGCCUCCUUGAUUGCACCUCCGUACCACCGUGUUACUAUCUGGUUUUUCCAAUCACGAUCUCGUUUACAAC